GAGCGCGCACAGAGCUGGGGAGGAGAAGGCGGAGAGGGGCGCGACGACGGACGCCUUUCCCCCAUCUCGGCUGGCGGCGGCGGCGGCGGCGGCGGCGGGGCGCGGAGGACCCGAGGGAGCCGCUGCCGCGCACUCAGCUCGCGAAAGCGGGACAGCCCCGGCGGAACCGCCACCGCAGAUCCCUCCAUUGACAACCUCGCACCAGCUGAGAUGUGCCAGAACUGAGUUCCGGCCCUGAGUUUGCUCCACCUGCCUGCCCCUCUGCUCUGGGACAGCUGGGCACAGGGCAGCCCAGAGGUUCAGCCCGUUAAGAGCCAUGCCCUUGGAAGAGGAGGAGCCCAGUUGGAAGAAACGAGCGGAAGAUAUCCGGGAGAUCUAUGAAUUCCGGGAGGUGCUGGGCACAGGUGCCUUCUCCGAGGUGGUCCUGGCCGAAGAGAAGUCGACUCAGAAGCUGGUAGCCAUCAAGUGCAUCGCAAAGAAGGUGUUGGAAGGGAAGGAGAGCAGCAUCGAGAAUGAGAUAGCUGUGCUACACAAGAUCAAGCACCCCAAUAUUGUGGCUCUGGAUGACAUCUAUGAGAGCGGAGGACAUCUCUACCUCAUCAUGCAGCUGGUCUCAGGCGGGGAGCUCUUUGACAGGAUUGUGGAGAAGGGGUUUUACACGGAGCGAGAUGCCAGCCAGCUCAUCCGGCAGAUCCUUGACGCUGUCAAAUACCUGCAUGACAUGGGCAUCGUACACCGCGACCUCAAGCCCGAGAACCUGCUCUAUUACAGUCUAGAUGAAGAUUCCAAGAUCAUGAUUAGCGACUUUGGGCUGUCGAAGAUAGAAGGAUCAGGAAGCGUCAUGUCUACGGCAUGUGGGACUCCAGGUUAUGUGGCUCCUGAAGUGUUGGCACAGAAGCCUUACAGCAAAGCGGUGGAUUGCUGGUCCAUUGGAGUCAUCGCUUACAUCUUACUGUGCGGCUAUCCCCCCUUCUACGAUGAGAAUGACACAAAGCUCUUUGAGCAGAUCCUGAAGGCAGAAUAUGAAUUUGACUCCCCCUACUGGGACGACAUAUCAGAAUCAGCCAAAGAUUUCAUCCAGCAUUUAAUGGAGAGGGACCCUAAGAAACGCUUCACCUGUGAGCAGGCACUACAACACCCGUGGAUUGCUGGAGACACCGCACUAGAUAAGAACAUCCACCAGUCAGUCAGCGAGCAGAUCAAAAAGAAUUUUGCCAAGAGCAAGUGGAAGCAAGCCUUCAACGCAACUGCUGUGGUCAGGCAUAUGAGGAAGCUACAGCUUGGGACCAGCCAAGAUGGACCUGGUCAAGCCAUGCAGGAGAGCAAUGGCUCAGCGUCCAGUAGCAGCGAGGAAUCCUUGGGGAAUGGUUCUCACCGUCAGAUGCGGGACUGAACGUUCCCCAGUGGACAGAGGACACAGAUGGCGGUGCCAGGAUCAACCCACUAUGGGGCGGGUGGCCAAAGCCCCACUCUGCUGUGCUACCACAAGUGGAGCCAGGGAAGGGUUUGGGACUGCCCCACACCCCUCCCAAUUAAGUGUGGCUGAGCCCCACCGCAGGGAAAGCUUCCCUUGCUAAGCCACACCCUCCUGAACCUGGACAUGGGGCCUGAUCCUUCAUAAGCCACACACUUCCCUGGAGAUGCUUCUUCUUCUUCUUCUUCUUUUUCUUCUUCUCUCUCUAACACAGAGCAGCCAAAUGCUGGCCGCAGCCAGCCAGCUCUGUCUGUGCCCUAUGCUGACCCCCUACCCGAGCUGACAAUGUCGUCCUCCUCCUUGCCCAAUUGUGUGGUGUUGUCUAGGAAAGACCACACAGUGGCCUGCUCAGGCCCUUUGAAGCAGCUGUGGAGCUUGAGGAUGCCUCACCCCCCCCCAUAAAAAACCCUAACCAAGUCCCCCACUCAGAUCAUAUCACCUCCAGCCAACAAGCAGGUUCACAAAGAGCGAGCCUAACUCUAGAUCACCCUAAUCAUGUCACGAAGGAAAACAAAAGCUGCUUGUGGACCCUUCACAAUUUGAUUUCCCAAUAAGUGCAUUUCCGCUGUCGAGAAACGUGAAGCUAGAUUGAAAGGCUGUUUCAAUCUUCUGGUGUCAUUUGGCUGUCUGUGGGCGAGGACACGUUAUUUUUUAAGAGUGGUGGUUUGAUAGAACCACAGCUACCCUUGACACAGAUGUACGUUUUAAAUAUAUAUAUAUAUAUAUAUAUAUAUAUAUAUACACCCAAGCAUAGGUGGGAGAGAAACAGUUUAGCUGACUUUCCGUAUGGUUCCAGUUGAACUAUGGGGAAAAGGGAACUGUGUUUGGGUACCUUGUCAGUUCCUGCCCAUGGCCCAUACCAUACCAUCGGCCUCCAGAGAAAUCCUGCAGCUGUUUUUAAAAUGCUUUGUGUUUUGUAUUUUUCUUUUUGCGGGGGGCCAGGGAAGAAGGAGCGCACUUGCAGAGAUAUGUGUAUGCCUCUGUUUUCGAAAACAGCGUUGGAGUAGAAGGGGGAAGGCAAGAUUGAGUGGUUGUUGAAACAUCGUUUCGGCACGGGAAGCAACUCGCCGAUGCAGGAUUCGGCUUGUUGGGCCGAUGUGUUUGCAACGCCAGUUGCCAAAAAGGGAAGUUCACACCAUAGACGACGCUCCCACUGAGGCAGCCCUUGAAGCGCUGGGUCUGUCUUCAUCCAAGCUGGCCUUUGCACCCCCCAACUGGCAGAACCAGGAUUCUUUCCACUGUGUAUAGAGUCCAGCCUUCCCCAUCCUGGUGCCUUCCAGAUGUUUUGGACGACAACUCCCAUCCAGCACAGCCAAUGUCUAGGGGGUCAUGGGAGUUCUGUAGUCAGCGUUCUCCAACAAUGUUUGGAGAAGCACCAGGUUGGAGAAGACUGGCUUGGUCCCCUUCCCCUCUCGCUCUCCUGCCUGCUCUUGACGCUCGCAGCUCCACAUUUUGCGCCCAUGUUCUCUCUGUCUCUGCACUCUCUUGGUUCAAGAGGACUUUCUAACUCGAAGUUUCUAUUUUGUUGCUUGUUCUUGUAUUAAAAAGGAAGAAAGCG